UCCACCUGUUCCACCUUCACCUGCUGCCCUGGGCACACAGAGGGAAUUGGGGUCCUCCGCAGGUGGGGAUCCCCACACAUGGGGACCUCACUCGAACAGAUCCAGGCAUUGCACCAAGAGCAGCCGGGAUGGGGGGCCAGGACGUGACCCCCGCACCUUCUGCCCUCCAUGUACCCUUGGGUCACCCCAGCCGUGCUUCUACAUGUGCCACCGAGGCUGGAACGAGCGAGGAGGCCCCGCACAGGGGGACUCUUGGCGCUGCGGUCCCGCCUGCCACGGGGACAGGAAUGGGUAUGCUGCACAUCACUGUCACCUCAGGCCAGGCCGCCACCGCGACCUCAUCCCACGGCCGCUGCCGGGGGUCUCGCAAGGCCGGGACCACUCAGCUCCUCAGGAGGCGCUGAACUGACCUCGAGCCCCCAAGACACUGGAGGAUCCCCGCAGCGCCCCGGGAUCCUCGGGCCCCAUGGGGGGAUAUAUCCCAUGAACCUCUGCAGAGAGUAACUGAGGGGAAUAUAUCCCGUGAACCUCUGCAGCGAGAACGCGGGGGGAUAUAUCCCAUGAGCCUCCCGCUCGGAGGACUGUAUCCCAUCAUCUCCCGCGGCCGGCGGGGGCGGUAUAUCCCAGAGUGCCCCGCGCCAGCCCCAUCUCCGGGGCGGGCCGGAAGCGGCCGGGCCGGGCGGCGAUGGCGGCGCGAGCCGCGCUGCUGCUGCUGCUUCUCAUGGCGGCGGCGGCGCCGGGCCCGGCCCGGGGCUCGCAGGGGGACCGGGAACCGCUCUACCGGGAGUGCCUGAGCCGCUGCGAGCGGCAAAACUGCUCGGGGGCAGCACUACGGCACUUCCGCGCCCGGCAGCCGCUGUACAUGGGCCUGACAGGCUGGACGUGCCGCGAUGAGUGCAAGUACGAGUGCAUGUGGCUGACGGUGCGGCUGUACCAGCAGGGCGGCCACCGCGUGCCGCAGUUCCACGGAAAGUGGCCCUUCUCGCGGUUCCUGUUUUUCCAGGAGCCCGCCUCCGCCUUCGCCUCCUUCCUCAACGGGCUGGCCAGCCUGGUCAUGCUGCUGCGCUACCGGGCGGCCGUGCCCCCCGCCGCCCCCACCUACCCCACCUGCGUCGCCUUCGCCUGGGUCUCCUUAAACGCCUGGUUCUGGUCCACGGUGUUCCACACUCGGGACACGGCGCUGACGGAGAAACUGGAUUAUUUCUGUGCUUCGGCCGUCGUCCUGCACUCCGUCUACCUGUGCUGUGUCAGGACGCUGGGGCUGCAGCGCCCAGCCUUAAUCAGCAUCUUCAGAGCCUUCCUCCUGCUCUUCCUCGCCGGCCACAUCUCCUACCUGAGCCUCGUGCGCUUCGACUACGGCUACAACCUGGUGGCCAACGCUGCUGCUGGCACGCUGACGGUGGCGUGGUGGCUGCGGUGGUGCCUGCGGCAGGGGCGGCGCCUCCCGCACGUGUGGAAAUGCGCGGCCGCGGUGCUGCUGCUCCAGGCGCUGGCGCUGCUCGAGCUCCUCGACUUCCCGCCCCUGCUCUGGGUGCUGGACGCCCACGCCCUCUGGCACAUCGGGACCAUCCCCCUCAACGUGCUCUUCUACAGUUUCCUGAUGGACGACAGCCUCUACCUCCUGAAGGCCAACUCUGACCUCUUCAAAGUGGACUAGAGCUGCCAGGGGGGGCCAGGGGGGCAGAGCCCCUCGUGCCCCCCAGGGCCUGCCCUGCCCUGUGCCAAGAGACCCCCUGGCCCCCCCUGGCCACAGCCUCCUGCCCCCCCCGGUUGCCUUCUGAGGUUUGUUCUUCUCCCCCAACCCCAAACUCCUCAGGGGGGUGGGAACCCCCCACUGCUGGGCACAGAGGGGCCCCCCCAAAUCCCUCCCCGUGCUGAGCUGGGGACCCCCACAGGGUGAUAGUGGCUGCUGGGACUCAUGUGGGUGAUUGGGGAGGGGUCUGUGUGCAUGUGGGGGCCCUGCUGGGUGGCUCUGGGGUGGGGGGUGUUGUGUGGGUGCCUUGGGGGGCUGGGUGUGCCCCCCUCCCGGCCCAGAGGGGCUGUGCCCCCCCAUUCCCCCUCCCCGGGUGUGCUGUGGGGUGUGAAUAAAGCUGAGUUUAAUCUGU